GUUUGUCGGCAGUCGGCUCGUCGUCUGCUCAAGCUGUUCAUCAGGUCUAUGUACAGUAGUUCUUCUUUGUUCUGCGAGAGGAGAAACGACCUAAGCAGUAGCUCCAGACAUGGGAGCCAGGUGUUGCGGCUUGUACUUCUGCGUGGAAGCGGACGAUAAGGACGACGCCCUUGUGGACAACGACAUCAACAACGACGACAAGCAUGAGCACAGCAGGAGGCACCCCAAGUGGUGUAUGGACGACUCGGCAACGGAGCGGGUUUUCGUCCCUGACGCGUCGAGAAAUAAGUUUCAAGUGGUGGGGUUAGGCGGGGCGACAGUCAGAAUGACGGCGCGACUCGACUCGCCGGUUUUGAGAACACUGCCGCAGGGCACGGUGGUUGUGGUAGCACAGGUGCGGUCGCGACGGGCGCACAUCAUCAAGCCGAUGGACGGGUGGGCUAGCUUGUCGACGGAAAGCGGUUACAUAAUUUUGGAAGCUUUCGCGAGACCAACUAAGUAUAAGGUGGUCUACCGGGAAGGAAUUUUUGUGCGGAGCAGUCCUAGUAUCGAGGACGGGCGGAUAGUCCGAAUUGCGCCGUUCGGGACAGUGCUCAAGGCCACCGGCAAGACGGAGAUUUUCGACGCAGUAGAGAGAGUAGAGGUCGAAGACGGCUGGGUUUCUAUGCGCUUGAGGGAAGACAAGGGGUCAGGGGCGCCGUUGCUCAUGGCGCUAAACUAGACCCAGAGCGGGAUCGAAUCAAAUAGUGUUCUCCGCUGGCGUUUGCCGGCUGUGUAGAGAGUCAGGGCUUGGAAGGUAGAGACGGCGGUGGGUUCAAUCUUACGUUGGCCGCGUGUUGUCUCGUGCCGGUGGCGGUAGUCUUGUUUGUGGGCCGGCCUGUUGCCCUGUCGUAUUAGUUAGGAACGUGCUUCCUUGUGGAGAACCCGGUGGUUGCGCUAUGAAGAUUGUUUCUUGGGCACUCGAUCUAUGGGCGCCCUGGAUGCAACGAGCACGGUAGGAUUUAGAGUGCACUGUUGGUGGCGGUGUGGGUUGGAAGAGGAGUUGAACGGGAAAUCACACCAGGGAACAGGCGCACGCCGAAAACCACUCAGACGAAGAAUUGAGUUUAAAAAAAGUUUCAUGGUUAUCCUCCCGGGCAUCUAGUUGGAGUUGUGUUGCUGGUUUUCGUCCCCUGGUUGUUUUAGCAUGGUUUGUUGGUCUUGUGGCUGAGGUUGUUGGUUGUGUGUACUUGUGCGUGUCUGAGCUUUUGUUGUUUUUUUACGGUAUCACUGACUGACUAACCAGUGUGGUUUUGUUGACAGUAGUCGUUGUUAUCUUGGGGGGUAUGUUUGAUACGGAGUUAACGCUCGCCUGCAAGAGGUUAGGUGACACUCUCGCCAAGGACUGAAGCAGUAGGGUAUGGGGCAGUACCUUCCUGUCCCCAUGAGCUUUGUUCCCUCCGGUUGUGGGGGUGGGUAUGUCCCGACUACCUCGCCGCUAGUGUUGUAGCUAUCAAUUGAUGUCAGCAGCAGGGGGGAGGGCACAUGUGUUGAGUUUUUGUUUGGUCUCAUUUCGGGAGGGAGCUUUCGGGUUCUUGGUGUUAUUUGGUUGUUGACGCUGACACACAUAGAGUGUUCUACACGCUGUGGAAUGUACGACCGUCUCGGAGCAUAUCUAGAUGAAAAUACGUGCGCAUCGUUCGUCAUGAAGUACAAUAGCCAUUAAAUAUUUUGUGUGUUGCACUCACUCCCGUCCUGUAAAAUUUGCUAAAUCUUCUUUGUAUACCUACAUUUUAGUAUCAGUAAGGUGAGUCCCU